GAAAAUUGAAAAGCACAUUGAAAAAUAAAAAUAUUGUUGACUAUACAAGGCAAUUUCUUCAAAUCGAGUAAUGAUGUGUAUGUGGUUAACCGUCUCUACGCAGGAAGUGGUUUUAUUUUAAAGUUUUUUGUGCUCGCCCCAACCCCCCCGCCUUUUUUUUUUUUUUUUCUCCAGUACUGAAAUUAAGCAGCAUCCAACAUAGGCCUACUCUUAUGACAUGUGACUUUACUGUUUUCCGUUUUUGUUGAAAGAGUCAUUAACAGUUGGAAGUUGAUGGCAGUUUCAAUAACAAGUGAUCACCGAGAAAAGGAUAACGCUAUAAUAUGCAGAAAUCUACAAAUUCUGAUACCUCUGUGGAUACCCUGAAUUCCACCCGUCAAGGCACCGGAGCUGUGCAAAUGAGGAUCAAAAAUGCCAACAGCCACCAUGACAGGCUGAGCCAAAGUAAAUCCAUGAUCCUCACCGAUGUUGGGAAGGUCAUUGAACCCAUAUCCCGACACAGGAGGAAUCAUUCACAACAUGUCUUGAAAGAUGUCAUUCCUCCAUUGGAACAAUUGAUGGUUGAAAAAGAAGGUUAUCUUCAAAAAGCUAAAAUUGCAGAUGGAGGAAAGAAACUAAGGAAAAACUGGUCUACUUCCUGGAUCGUUCUUUCUAGUCGAAAAAUUGAAUUUUACAAAGAAUCGAAGCAGCAGGCUCUGGCUAACAUGAAAACUGGGCACAAACCAGAAAGUGUGGAUUUGUGUGGAGCACAUAUUGAAUGGGCCAAGGAAAAAUCAAGCAGAAAGAAUGUCUUUCAGGGUUAUAAUAAGAGGAAGCAAGGCUCUGGACAAGUAACAGAUGUACCUGGUGAGACUGGCUUGCUGUACCUCAGUGCAGCCCUAUCUUCUGGCACAAAGCCUUUGCAUGGGGCCCAACAGCCUUGGCUCCCUUCAGGACAAAGCCACAGCCACAGCCCUAGAGUGUUCACAGUGAUGUGCGCAUCUGCAUUCAGGUAAUCAGCCCAGGAAAGAUUGCCUAUUGCCCAAGACUUCAGGCAAAAAGUCCUCAGGCGGGUUCUCAUUGGCUUGGCUGUGGUCAUGUGCCCUUCCCUGAACCAACAACCAUGGGCAGAGAAAUGAAAUUUUCUCCUGACCAGGAGUUGGUGCCCACGUAUGGAUAAAGGGUAAGACCCCAUGAGCUGAGGGGGAAAGUUGUUUUCCCCAAAUGAAGAGGUACAGACUAGAUGUAGAGGCACAUCCAUUACAGUUGUCUUCUUAUUAGAGUUGCAGGGAACUUAGUGAUAGCUUCUGAGAGUAGAUAAAAGCUUAAUUAUAAUCACUCUAUCUAGGACAUUGCUUCCUCUCUUGCUACUGUUUUAUGAGCUCAUUUUCAUUUUUCCCAAACUCUAUACCUUCUAAAAUUUCUCUCUCCUGCAUGUAUGCCCUACUCCUUAUUUCUCCAUUCUUGGUGUAGUUCCAGACAGGCUGCUCAACCCCUCUGUGCCAUGCGCACCCUCCUCUCGGCUUCCAGAUCUGUACCAGGGUUGGGCUUUUUUGGUAGCUGGUCCCCUAUGCAAUUUGUUUCCAUCAGACUGGCUGAAGUGCUUAGGAGAGGCCGUGUUGCUUCUGCCAAGAAAAUCCAUUGUUUAAGUGAGAAGGGGCUGCUUUAAGCAGACAGAAUUAUUAUUCAUUUUUAUUCAUAACUUUGAAAUUUUAAUCAAAGACUAGGUUAUAUACUCUAACUUUCUAUAGCCCACAUUAGAUAACUUGUAAAACGAAUAGUCCAGAUAUGAUAGAAUAGUGAUUAUUUAAUCUGAAAAUGCAAUUAUGGACUUUGCGCUAAAUAUAGGAAUACAGCAUAAUAAUACCAUAAUAUAAUAGGAAUGUUAUUCUUAGUAAAUAAUAGUAAAUAAUUACAAAAUUAAACAGUUUCAUUUAGUUAGAAUUUUGAGGACCAAAUAAGUUUUGCAACUUCCCCAUUUAAAACUAUAAAGUUGCCUGAUGAAAAAAGGGCAGCACUACCAUGGACAGAAUGACCCCAAACCUGGACUGAUUAUUGCUGUCACUGAAGGGUGUGUUUCCUUUCUGCUGGAGCUUCCUGAUACUUGUGUGUGACACUGGCAUAGAGGAGGAGGAGGAAUUCAUUUGUGAAAUGUUUGUUCUGAUAACUGGAAGAAUGACCACGGUGCAGGUUUCAUGUUAUUAUAAGUAUGAAACAUGUUUCUGUAUGCAACAAUAUAAAAAUAAUUCCUUAUCUUUUAAUGUUCAUACCUCUAGUCAUUAGCCAACUUAUUGUCUAUCUUAGAUUAAUGAAUAUCAGCUAACUUUGGAAAUAGUAUUUGCUGCUAUAAAGGUAAAAGACUUUGCUCAUUGCCCCUCCCCUGGCUGUACUUCCCGGUUUGCCGGGGAUUCUCUUUGGUCGAUUCCUGUUUUCCCAGUGUAAGUUUAAAUGUACCUCCUUGCACUCCAUAAAGUGCUUCAGUUCAGAGAAUGUAAAUAAGCUAAGUUUAUGGUACAUAUGAGGAUUAUUUUUGUUUUGAAAUGAUGGAAUGCUUGCCAAAAACAGUGGAUUGGGUAAUGAAUGGGGUUAUAAAAAUAGCUUUCUUCAGAAAUCUUUAACAUUUGAUGAAGCUAGAGAUGUACAUCGCCCUGAGAUGGCUGAGAGAGGGUUUAUGAAUAUACGAAUCGACUGGUACUUGAUGAUCACUUUUACUCAGCAUGCAAAACUGCAAACAUCUUAGACAGGAAUGAAAUGUCCACCAGUGUAAGGAAAUUUAUCUUAAGAUUGGAAAUCAGUCUUAUCUCAGAAAUGAUUUUCUGUUUUAUUUUCUAAUUAGAAAAAUUCUAGACACACAGACAAUGGGCCAUAUAUCAAUAAAUUGCAGAUCUUUAAGGCUUCCUGAAAAUGCUUUAUCGUUUCCAUUGGAAAAGGUAUAUGAAGAAACAGAAGCACAGAGGAGAAGCCAAAGCCAUGUGCUAUGUCAUCGGAGCUAUCGGGGGUUCAAAUCUCAGCUCUACCAGUUAUUAGUUCAGACUAUGUCUCUUUGAUUUUAAAUUGCGUUAUUAACGUACUGUGUCUGCAUAGAAACACACACACACAUAACAUUACAGGGAAAACACAGAUUAGCAUGUGGUCAUUUCUUUCCUUAGUUAUAACAUUCACUCAGGUUAAUGUUUGUCUGUCUUGUAGUUUGUUUUCCUAGCAUAUUUUCUUCUUGGUUGGAAUUACAACGCAAUCUGUGUGGACUGGGGAAAUGCUCUAUGGCUUUCUUUCAGUGUUUACAUACUUAAUUCCUGAGGUGAAAUACCUGCUAAAAUGAUUCAUGUUUGCCUUUGAUGGACAGCCACCAAUGUAGCAAGUCUAAGAUAUUCUCCAUGGCAGAAAUACUUAUUACUUUGCAACCUAAUACUUAUUUGUGUUGCCUUUUAGUGAGGAAGUGCAGGGAGGGUAAAACUGAAUCUGUUAGUGCAGGUUUAAACAUUCACUGAUACUUUUUUUUUCUGUAUUGUAUAAGCUUAGCUGGGCAAAAUCUAUACAUUGGUUUUGAAGCCAUAUUCUUAUGUUCAGUGUGAAUGCUGGUCCAUUAUGUAAAUAUGAAUUUUUAAGCAAUGUAGCAUUUCAUCAAACUAACAGGGCACUUGAUUUUCUUUCAUCCAUAUAAAAACAAUUAGGAAAAAAUGCCACUUAUCUUAAAUAGUAUUUGUCAGAUUUUCUUCAUCAAACUUGGUAAAUAUAGAUCUCUUGACAUUUUGAUGAAUUUUCAUCGCUCUGUGGUAAACCUAAGUGACUAGGCUGUGGCCCGUGAACAGCUUUUGUUUCUAUGUGACAUUAAAAUGUAUUUUUUUUAAACAUGAUUAUAAUGAAUAUUCAAAAUUAGAUUCAUUCUCCAGCAUAUGCACAAUAGGUCAGAAGUCGUGGCUGGAGAAGAACACUUACUAGUCACUCUCGAGGUCUUAUUAUUUCUUAUGAAUCUCAUCUUUUUACAUGGUUCAGAGAUAUAACUAUCAAAGAGGAAAGACAGCUAAAUAUAUGCCAGUUUCAGAUUACCUAGACACUUUGAAAAUUCAUUUCACAUGUGGUUAAGUUAAAAGUUGGUGUAUCUCCCUCGCUGUAUAUUGUCUUGACUCAAAAUUUCUUGGACCGUAUGUUCAAAACAGCUUGAAAAAGACAUUAUAAAUGAAGAAUAAUCAGUUACCAUAGUUCAGAGCAUUUUCUUCAAAUGCUCUUCAAUUUCUGGUUCCAGCAGAAUUUUAUUUACUCAAAUAUAAAUCUUUUUUUUUUAAUACUCCAGAGCCUCAUCCUCAACAGAACACCUCAUUUUAGUACAAUUGUUUUUAUAUUCUGUCACAGGGUGAUGAUGAUAAAUGGAAAAUGAUUAAGUAUAUUGUUUGUCAGUUUUCUUCUUUCACAAUUCAAUAAAUAUUCCCAGAGUCCUCCCUUGUCACCUUACUUGUAAUGAUUACCAAGUGGAAGAUAUGCUUUAAAGUCAAGGACGAAAUCUAGUUUUUAUUUUGGUUGUUCUUCUUUGCCAAAAAUAUAAAAUAUGAAUUCAAACUUUGGAUGCCUACAAACCAGGUUAAUUACUGAGGUAUAUUAAAUCUUUUAUUUGGGGACCUUGAGCUAUCGAAUACUUACAUGAGUAAAAAAAACACUUUGAGCUUUUAAUUCAGUGGGAGGUGUAUCUGUAAUUCAUUGAGGGGCAUAUUCAUAAUGUAAUUCUUUUAUGUUGGCUGUACUUUUAAGGUUUAAAUCACUGGUUUACACAUGUGGUGCACUUAUUCAAUGAAAAUUUAUUACAUUUACUAGUUAUUAAACACCAACAACAAUAACUAACAAGAAUGAUGACAAACCAAAAAAAGGAAAAUAAAAGCAAAUUCUUUUCCUAAAUAUUACCCACACUGGCUUUUGUGUUCCCUGAAAUCCUCCCCCCACCCCCUGUUUUUUUACUUUUGUGGUAUUAUAUUAUAAAAUUUCUCAGUUGAAAAACUAAUUUUAUUACUUGUCUGUUUACUUCUAAACUUCCUUGUUCAGAAUAGUCUUAAAGUCACACAUUUAUUGUAUCAAAUACAAUAAGGCAAUAAAUUACAGAUAUUUAACCAAGAAGAGAAUAUCACUGUGGAACUUAUGAUUUGCAUGACCUACAUUUUUAUGGCAUUUUAUGGCUUUCAGAGUCCUUUUCUCAUUUACUAUUUUUCUUACUAUAUUCUUUCUAUGAUCGUGCAAUUCAAAAACAAUCCAAAAAUGUGAUUUCUUACUUGUUGAUUAACACUAA